GACUUGCUGCGUGCAUCAUCAUGCGUCUGCUCCUCCACUUCAGCGUGUUGACUGUGCUGUGUGCCAUUUGCUGCGCCCAGCAGACCAAGCCGCCCCCUACUACAACAAAGACUACAACAAAGACAACAACAAAGACGACAACAAGAACGACACCGAAGACGACAACAAGGACGACGACGACGGCAAAGACAACAACAAGAACGACACCGAGGACGUCACCGACGACAACUGGAAAGACGACCACCAAGCCAAGAAUUGAUUGCUGGUCAAAUCCAUCGGACUAUAUGCUGGUGAACAAUUCAUGCUACGAACCAAAAUUGGAUUCGGUCUUUGGUGAUAACGGCGACGGCUCCUUCGAUGCUGCCUUCAAAGCUUGCGGUGGAAAUGACGAGACGCGUUAUUAUUUGACUUAUUUCAAGUUGAAUGAGUUCUAUGAUCAAAAUAACUACUUCAACCUGAACAGCACAAAUCCAGACAAAAGGCUGCUGGUCCAAGAGCAAAUCUUGUUUUGCAUCUUUCAAAAACUGGGAAUUGUUGAUUCCAACAAAACGUUUACUAAUGACGAUGCAGUAACGUCGAAAGCAAUGUCCGCUUCCAUAAAGAAAUCCCCAUACUGGUGGCCCAUUUGGAACUGCCUUCACAGACUUUGCAACAAACUCAUUGUUAUCAACGUGGGUUGGAACAUUAGAAUUGUCAUCUACAUUCGCUGCUACAUCUGGUACAUGUACAUGGACUAUAUCGGUUGGCCGAUUUUGAAAAGCAGAGCCAUUCCGGAGGGUCUCACUUGGCAAAAUAGCACGGUCUGCAAUGAAACCCUGUCAGGGAUGUACUCGUGCAACAAAGCGUCCUCCUUCAACCAAGCCUUCCCAACUUACUAGAAGUUCGAGGAACAUAUCACAGCGGCAGCUGCAAAUUCGUAAAAGAAAAUAAUUUUGUGUGCGCACCUUCGGAGAUGUAACAAUCGGAUCGUUUGACUUUAAUAAAAUCACUUUUUGAAUUGAU